AUGAGCAGCGAUCUACAGUUAUGGGCUCUGCCACGCCUCCAGCGCCUCCUACCGAUCGAUGACGAAUCACUCAAAGAAAUUAUCACAUAUACCUCAACGCUAGGGAAAGAAUCUGGGGCCGAGCAUCUCAAGAAUCUGUUGGGCGACUCACCGCCAGCGCUGGAAUUCAUCUCCUCCUUCAACAGCAGACGCCCAGACAUCGCAACUUCUUCGAGUGGAGGCAAUCGAAGAUCGAAGAGCCCCGCACAGCCUUCUCGAUCUUCGCCGGCUGGCGAUGAGACCGGCGUGCCAAGUGUGAAGAAACGACAGUCGAAAAGGUCGAAACCGCCGCUGCACUCUGCUGGGCCGGCGCGGACGCCUGAGGGGUAUGGGAAUGUGGGUGGUGGGUACACGAAGCACUAUGACAGCGGCGACGGGUAUGCGUUUGGCGGUCGAGAGCCAGAUGCUCUGCAGGUGCCUCAGGUUUCGCAUGGCCCGUCAGGGGGUUCGUCUGCUACGUCUAGAGAUGCGUCGCCGGCGGCGCGGGGAGUGCAGAAGAUGCCGCCCUCUGCGUCAGGAAAUUUGAUCUCGGAUUUUGGAUUUGCCAACGUGCGGGCCAAGCAGUCGAAGAAGCCUGCUCAUGUCGCACAUUCGCAGCCGCAGUCCCAGUCUGGUACUUCUACGCCGCACAAAGGAGCUACGACGACCACUACGACGAGUGUCUCUGAUCUGACUGCCGCGAUCGCUGCUUUGGAGUUGGCCACGAAUCCUACGUUGUCCUCACAGCGGAGGAAAUGCACGUGCAAUGCUUCGAUUCACCCUUUGUUCUCGACUGCUCCAAAUUGUUUAAAUUGUGGCAAGAUCAUUUGUGCUCUCGAAGGGCUACAGCCAUGCUCAUUUUGCGAUUCACCUGUUCUCACCAAGGGUCAAGUCAAUGAAAUGAUCAAAGCAUUGAAGGAGGAGCGAGGAAUCGAACGGAUGGCAGUGCACAACGCGGGACAAUCACAUUCAGGAGCGGGGACACCGCGGUUUGGUGGCUCAACCCCAGAUAGUGCAUCGGGUGACGAGGCAUCCUCCGCAGCAGCUCGGGCGAGAGCACAUCGAGAUAAACUUCUGGCUUUCCAAAGAGAAAAUGCUCAACGUACAAGAGUACACGAUGAAGCGGCCGACUACGAUGCGACACUAACGCCAGGCACAACACAGUGGAUGAGUCCUGUGCAACGUGCGGCGGCUCUGAAGAAACAGCAGAAAUACCUCCGAGAGCUCGAGGAGGCGAACCGACCUGAGUGGGAGAAGAAGAAAACAGUGAUGAGUAUGAGCAUCAAGAACGGGAAGUUGGUCAAGACGUACGAACGUGGACAGGCCCCAGCGUUGAGUGCGAAGGAUGAGGUCAAUGACGCAGAAACUAUUGAGCCCGAUGACGCUAUGGAUCAGCAUUUGAGCAUUGGUGAGAAGGGCGCGUUCAGUAAUAAUCCCCUUCUCGCCACAGGCAAACUCGUUCGGCCUAUAUGGAAGGCGCCCGAUGGAAGUCAGAACUUGAAGGGCAAGGGGCGUGAGUCGGGUGAGGGUGCUCCUCGUGCCAGUGUGUGGCGCAGAGUCCAAGAUGACAACGACGACAAUGAACAAUGGAUCUUGGAUGGCGGCUUACAAGGCUACGGAACGGAGAGUAGGUUGAUGGAAGAUGGGAGUCAGCAAGAAUGUGGAUAG